AUUUGCAAAAAAAAAUUGCCUGACUUUAAAGCACUUAAAAAACUGAUUUUUCUACUAUAAAAUAUCGAAACAACACAAAAUAUUUAUCUGUUUACAAUAUAAGAUGCAUAAUGUCACGUCUAAUGUUAUAUGGAACCCUUUUUAAAGUUUGCAGGCAGUUUCAUAAAAUGAGUAUCCCCGCAACCAAACCAUUCACUGUAUUCGUAGAAGGCAAUAUUGGAAGUGGCAAAACAACAUUCCUGGAACAUUUUAGACGAUUUGAAGACAUCACGUUGUUAACGGAACCUGUUGAAGAAUGGCGAAAUCUUCAUGGAUGGAAUCUACUGGACCUAAUGUACAAGGAUCCAGCAAAAUGGGCAAUGACUUUUCAAGCGUACGUUUCACUUACUAUGUUAGAAAUGCAUCGCAGAACAACUACUACGCCAGUAAAACUGAUGGAACGCUCGAUAUACAGUGCUCGAUAUUGUUUUGUGGAACACAUGAUGAAAUCAGGUGUCAUGCAUCCGGCGCAGUUUGCAGUUCUUGACGAAUGGUUCAGGUUUAUCCACCAGCAAAUACCUAUUGAAGCAGAUCUUAUUGUGUACCUGAAAACAACCCCUAGUGUAGUAUAUGAGAGAAUAAAGAAGAGAGCCCGCUCUGAAGAGCAAUGUGUCCCACUGUCGUAUAUAGAAGAGUUGCACAAACUGCAUGAAGACUGGUUGAUCAACAGGGUCCAUGCGGAGUGUCCUGCUCCUGUGCUAGUUUUAGAUGCAGAUCUGGAUUUAUCUCAAAUAACGGAAGAAUAUAAAAAGAGUGAACACAGAAUAUUGAGACAAGCCGUGGAUGUUGUUAUGAAUUCACCAAACAAACAUAGCCCUAAGAAACCUAUUACAGGCUCACCUAUAUCUAUUGUACCAAAGAUAAGACUUUAAUAUUGCUUUACUUAAUUUCUAAAACUUUAAAUGUCUAUUAUUACAGAAUUUCGAUGUAAUUAGUAGAAUUUUUAUUUAAUAAUUGUGUCUUGAUAUCACAAAAGGAUUUAAAUAUAGGAUAGGUAGGUAGUAGAUACUGAAUUUAAUAUAAGUGUGAUGUCAUGUAAUAGUAUUAAAAUAAUUAAAACCCAGUGUAGCUAAAUUUUAAAUGGCUGAACUAUGUUGUAUUCCAAAAUGUCUCUUGAAAAUUGCUUGAAAAACUUAUGUUUGUUUUACCUGAUGUUAAAUUUUAGUGCAAAUUUUGACAAAACAUUUGUUCAUUUGUUUUGAUUAUAUUUUGACUUGACUAAACUGACGCAUUUAAAAAAAUGACUUUGUUCUCAAUUGUAUGCUUUUAGUAUGUUUGGAUGUAUUGACAAAAUACUUAAAUUUAGUACCAGUACUAAAUAUUGUAUUUUAAACUUUCAUAGUAAAUGUCACUUUUCACAUUACAGUGUCUUAUCUAAAUAAUUAAUAACUGAAAAUAAAGUCUUUCAUAAAAGGUUACAGUUAUAAAAAUAUUUAUAGAUAGUAACUGUAUUCAUUGAUUUACAAUCCAAAGAAUCUAUGUUCAUGAAUGUAUUGAUAGUUUUGACUUAUUUAUAAUUUUGUUUAAAAUUUAUGCAUAUUAUAACACAAUUUGUAACUGUAUACUGUGUUUUGUAAAAGCAUUUUUAAUUAAUAAUUUAUUUAACAUUUCAAAUUAAUACAAUAUUAUGACAUUCCUCAUACAAAACCCGUUCAGUUUUUGUGGCGUUUUUGUGUUUUUAGUUAAGAUUUCUUUAGUUUUUUUGUAUGUUUUUAAUAGACUCAAGAGAUUUGUAAUUAUUAGGUCAAACCAAUUCUACUGAGAUAUUUAAAAAAAUAAUGUUGAUCCUUUAGAUUAUAAAUAUUCUUUA